CAUGUCGCAUUCAGGCUCCAGUUCCGGGUUUUGUGCGUCACCGGGCUGUGUGAACGGGUAGUGAGAGUGCCUGCCGUGCAGUGCUGUGCUGCAGUAGAGGAUUGUGUCGAGAUUAGAAGUAGUCUCACUGGAGAGCAGAGCAUCUUGCUGUCCGUUUCCCCUUUUUUUUGCCCUCCUCUUCAGAGGGUUCGGAUAAAAGAAAAAGAAAAGAAGGAAGAGGAGGAAGGAAAUAGAAAAGAGAGCUGACAUCAGUGAGACUGGUUCAGAGGGAGAGUGAAGCAUCUCUCACACACAUGACUGUGUGAUCCUCUGCUGUCAUCGUGUGAAAGACAAGCCCAUGCUCUCUGAUGUCUCCUGCCUCUGGACACCUUGCCAGAAUCACAGUGCACACUGUGUGGUGAGCCAGAAGACCAGCAGUAUUCAUGGUCUCCCUCUCAGCACUUCGAUGAAGAAAGCAACUCCCCUCCUCCACCCAGGAACAUGAAGGCUCUAUCGGGCGGGCGGCCCAGCCAGCUCCAGAUCACCUCGGCUCACACCUGCGGCCUGGCCGACUGCGACCACUCCCUGGACCACCAUGACUCCCGCACCCCCUCUUACCUCCUCAGCCCCACAGAGAGCUGUCCCAUGGAGCACCACCGCCGCUGCUCUCCCCAUAGCUCCAUCCACUCUGAGUGCAUGGCGAUGCCCAUCUCCGUCUCCAUGGCCAACACAGACCACUCCAUCUCCAGCAGCACCUUUCCCAGGAUGCAUUACAGUUCCCACCACGACGGCAGCGGGUCACGGGACAGUGGUGGUGGUGGAGGAGGUGUUGGCGGUGGAUCACGGGAUCGAGACGAGUGUGGCUCGUCGCAUGGCGGCAGCGGUAAGAUGAACAGAAUCCCGGCCAACCUGCUGGACCAGUUUGAGAAGCAACUUCCGUUACAUCGCGACGGCUUCCACACACUGCAGUACCAGAAGACGCACACCACCACCACGGAGCAGCGCAACGAGAGCCCCGGGAGGAUCCGACACCUGGUCCACUCUGUCCAGAAGCUCUUCACCAAGUCCCACUCCCUGGAGGGCUCGUCCAAGAUGAACGGCACCAAGGGGGACUCGCACCGGGAAGGCUCCCACCACCACCAUCCCAACCACCAUGGACACCACAAACACAGCAAGCGCAGCAAGAGCAAAGAGCGUAAGUCAUCAGACAGCAGCGGGAAGCAGCGCUCCGGGGUGGCGGGCUGGUGGAGCUCGGACGAUAACCUGGACAGUGACAGUACGUACCGGACGCCCAGCGUCAUGUCCCGCCAACAGGUGGACCACAUCAGCCACUGCUACCCCGACUCUGUCCACAGCCACUACGGGGACCUGUCGCUCAAGACCUCCAAGAGCAACAACGAUGUGAAGUGUUCCGCGUGUGAGAGCGUGGCCAUGGCUCCUGAAGGGAAGUUCAUGAAGAGGAGCUCCUGGUCAACGCUGACUGUCAGCCAGGCCAAGGAGGCCUACAGGAAGUCUUCCCUAAACCUGGAGAAACCCAUGACGCCCACAGACCUCAAGCCCAACCUCAGGCCCUGCCACUAUCUACAGGUACCUCAGGAUGAGUGGAGUGGCUACCCAGGGGGCGGUAAGGACGAUGAGAUCCCCUGUCGGAGGAUGAGGAGCAGCAGUUACGUCAAAGCCAUGGGUGAUGAGGAGAGUGGAGAGUCUGACUCCAGCCCCAAGACCUCCCCCGUGAAGACAGUCCGGCCAGACGCCCUGGUCAAGUCUGUCAUGCAGAGACCACUCCUAGACUCCCAGAGCUCUUACCGGGUGGAUAAAAUGAACAGUGACGUGCGGAACUACAUCACCAAUUUUGCUGCAGACUUAAGUCAGAACUACCACUUGCAGGCCUCAAGAGACAUACACCCCCACCACCCCAGCAUGGCCCUGGAGCCCUCCACCAACUACAACUCCCAGCAGCCACCUCUUCCAGCAGCCCAGUUCCGCUCCAGGAACCAGAGCUACAUGCGGGCGGUCAGCACUCUCAGCCAGGCCAGCUGUGUUAGCCAGGUCAGCCAGGUGAGUGAGACAGAUAUAAAUGGUCAGUUUGAGUCAGUAUGUGAGUCGGUGUUCAGUGAGGUGGAAUCCCAGGCUGUGGAGGCUCUGGACCUGCCCGGCUGUUUCCGGACACGGAGCCACAGCUACCUGAGGGCCAUCCAGGCUGGCUACUCCCAGGAUGAUGACUGCAUUCCCACCUUGACCUCCUCCACUGUCACCUCCACCAUCAGGUCCACCACAGGGAUCCAGUUCCGCCUUCCCUCUACCUGCACCAUUGACCGGACGACCCACGAAACCCCAGCGGUCACGUACAUGAACAACUACAAGAAGACGACCCCUCCGCCGGUCCCACCCCGCUCCACCUCAGGCUCCAAGCCCCUCAUCUCCGUCACUGCCCAGAGCAGUACAGAGUCCACCCAGGACACGUACCAUGAAGGCAGGCACCCUCGAGGGUGGGGGGACGGGCUGGGCCUGAGCCUGGGCAGGGCCCUGUAUAACUCCACAGACAGCCUGGACAGUGCCAAGGCCGUGACCAUAGCCAUGGAGGCAGCUGGGCUGAGGUCUGGGAAGAGGCACCCGUCCACAGACCGUCACAGUCACAGCUCAGUGAUGACCUGUGAUAAAGCCAUCCUGGUGUCCAAGGCUGAGGAGUACCUCAAAACACCACGCUCCUCCAUAGGGAUACAGGUGGAAGCAGCCACCGACUCGGAGUCAGAAAGUAAAGGGUCGAAGGAAUACCAUUCUGUGGGGAUCCAGGUGGAAGCUGACAGACGAGGGCAGGGCAGGUUGAAGCGCUCCAACAGUGUAACAGCCUCUGUGCAGGCUGACAUGGAGAUGGAGGGGUUUCCCACUAUGGAGGACAAGGGCCUACAGUUUGGAGGGGGCUUCCUAGGGGGGCACUCUGAGCCCAGCACGCCCACCCAGUAUGGAGUGCGCACCGUCCGCACCCAAGGCCUCUUCAGCUACCGGGAGGACUACCGGACCCCUACGGAGCCCCCUUGCCCCCAGCAGACCUCCAACGAGACCACCUGGCAGCUAGAGCCCCCCUCCCCCAGGGAGCCAGCAGAGUCGUCUGGCGAGUCGGGCCGGACGUCCCCCGCCUUACGGAGGGAUGGAAGCUGGUUCAUGCAGCUGCUCCACGCAGAGACCAAGAGGAUGGAGGGAUGGUGUAAAGAGAUGGAGGCAGAGGCGGAGGAGAACGACCUCUCUGAGGACAUCCUAGGUAAAAUCAGGAGUGCGGUGGGCAGUGCUCAGCUCCUUAUGUCUCAGAAAUUCCAGCAGUUUUACUGGUUGUGUCAGCAGAACCUGGACCCCAGUGCCAUGCCCCGCCCCACCUCUCAGGACCUGGCUGGAUUCUGGGACCUCCUGCAGCUGUCCAUCGAUGACGUCACCGCCAAGUUUGACGAGCUGCAGCAGAUAAAGAACAACGACUGGAGGCCCGUGGAGAAGAGCCCAGAGAAAAGGUUACCACCUGUCGCACCAAAGAAGUCCAUGAUCGGGAAGAGAGGCGUGACACGGGAGAAGUCUCUUGACCUUCCAGACCGCCACCGCCUGGAAGCACGCAGGAGGCUGAUGCAGGCCAAGCGUGCGGCUUCCUUCCGUCAGAACUCGGUGUCAGAGAGAGCAGACAGCAUCGAGAUCUACAUCCCUGAGGCCCAGACUCGCCUUUGAGAGGACUGGGACAGGGGUCAAGGGUGAGGGGCGUCUCCCCCCUCAGACUACCCCUCAACUAGACUCUCCUUUAACUAGCCUUUUUUCUAGACUAUCUACUGUACACUUCCCUCCUUUAUCUGUCUCCUCAUUACUUCACUAUCCUUACCUUCGGAGUUCAUCUCCACUCUAGGCCUCACUGAGUAGGAUAUCACAAAACUCCUCUUCCAUCAACAGAUAUGUAUUAGUGGAUAUACACUGAGUAUACUAAACAUCAGGAACACCCCCCCUGACGCUUUUCCCCUCAGAACAGCCUCAAUUCGUCGUGGCAUGGACUCUACAA